GUUGAAUAUAUUGUGAGAUACAUGCAAAUCAUACCAAGAAUAGAUUUAGACUUGUUUGCAUACAAGUGGUCUAAUUAUACAGAAUUUAGAGGAAUAUUGUUUCACACCAGCAACAUUUCUGACUUACUGAGAAGAAGAAACUGUACCCUGACUUUGCUACAAGGUUUUGGAACCAAGGGUACAUUGUAGAAAAAAGAUGUUAUCCCUACUUCUGACUGCAAUGAAAAUAUUAUGUUUGGCUGAGUUUACGGUGGGAAUCCUUCUCAAUGGUUUCAUCGUGGCGGCCAAUGCUAUUUCAUGGUUGGAAAUGAAGCAUAUUGACUCUAUUGACCUGAUUCUGACAAGCUUGGGGCUUUCUAGACUUGGUCUUCUGAUAAUGUGGGUGAUCCAUGUCCUAUCAGAAGUAUAUGAGCACAUGGAGAUACUGAAUCUAAUGUAUCUGUUUUUUGACUUCUGCAGCCUCUGGUUUGGAACAGUUCUGUGUGUUUUCUACUGUGUGAAGAUCACCAACUAUAACCAUCGUUUCUUCUUCUUUGUGAAACUGAGGAUCUCCAAGAUGAUUCCCUGGCUGUUAUUUGUAUCAGUGACAAUCUCUAUCAUUUUCUGCCUGCCCUCAAUUCUGGUGGAGAGACUAGAACCGAACAAUGUCACAGAUGGUACUGGUGGAAAUAUGGAAACCAUUUUCUUCAUUCCCUACAUAGCUGCAAAUACAGUGCCUUUCUUCAUAUUCUGUGUUGCCAUUACUCUUCUAAUCAGGUCCCUGUGGAAACACACGAGGCACAUGGCUGGGGGUGAGACUGGAUUUGGGAUUCCGCAGCUUCAGGCUCAUUACAAUGCAAUUAAAUGCAUGAUGUCUUUUAUGUUAAUGUAUAUUGUCUAUUUUAUUGGCUCUAUGCUGAUGGUGCUUAGUAAUCAUUUUUUGCUAAUAUUACUUUCCGUUAUUGCUGGUUCUUACCCAAGCCUGCACUCUGCUAUUCUGAUACUGAGCAAUAGAAAACUCCGCCGGACCCUUUGCUGUUUUCUUUCUUAUAGAAAUACAUUUAUUUCAGAGAAAAGGAACUUAUUCCUCUGUCUGUAAUGGAAACACCUUUCUUCGGAGCGGACUAGAUUCAGACAGUGAUGUAUUACCGUAUAUACCCGAGUAGCUGAGAUUGCAGUC